GGAGGGCGGCGUCUGACGUCACGGCGUUGGAGCUGCCGCCGCCGUCGCCUUCCGUGGCCGCGCAACCGCCCCGGGGCCUGAGCGAGAUGGAGAGCGCCAGCCAGGAUAUCAACCUUAACUCUCCCAACAAAGGUCUGCUGUCAGAUACGAUGACGGAUGUGCCUGUGGACAACGCUGGCGGCGCCGCUGCUGCUGCAGCUCAGAGACCGGCUGCCUACAAUGGGCUCACUGAAGCUGAGGAAGAGGAGUUAAGAGCCGAGUUAGCCAAGGUGGAAGAAGAGAUUGGCACCCUACGCCAGGUGCUGGCCGCCAAAGAGAGACACUGCGGAGAGCUGAAGAGAAAACUGGGAUUGACCCCCUUGGAUGGGCUGAAGCAAAAUCUCUCAAAGAGCUGGCAGGAUGUCCAAGGCUCCAAUGCAUAUGUUUCGGCCAGCAGCACACUGGAGGACUGGAAUGAGAAAUUAACCCAAUCAGAAGCCUACAAGAAGACGCAGGAGACGCUGUCGCAGGCAGGCCAGAAGACCUCGGCUGCCCUUUCCAAUGUGGGUUCUGUGAUCAGCCGGAAACUGGGAGACAUGAGGAACUCCGCCACCUUCAAGUCUUUCGAAGACCGUGUUGGAACCAUCAAGUCCAAAGUGGUGGGCAGCAGAGAGAACAGCGCUGAUGAGCUGCACUCCCCGUCGGCAUCCGGUGACAAGCCCUCCCAGGACAACGCUCCUUUCUAAGGCCUACAGCAUAGCGGCGCCCAACUGCCAGAGCCCUGCCCCUUGCUCUUCUGAAACAUGCGAGACACACACAAAAACAAAACGCAAAAGUGGGCCUCUGGUCCUACUCCGAAGAGAGAGAUUCAUCCAUCUUAUGUAGACAUUUUUUGCUGCUGGAUUCUUCAGGUCCAAUAAAGUGACUACGCAGUUUUUGUACACUAUAUAUUUUACACUAAAGGUUUCUUGGUAGAACGCACUGCAAGGUGCUCUCUUUAAAAAGGGCAGCACGGCCACGUGGGGGUUCUACAGUUUUUGGCAUCAGAGGCCUGCAUCAUUUCCCACUCCCCUCCCUGCACCCUCUACGGGCAGGCAAAAUUUUAUUUCUUCAAGCAGUGUGGGGAAAGGUAGCUGUGGAAUGGAGUAGCUGAACAAGAGGCUCAGGGGCUCGGCUCUUGGGCUCCGUCCCCAGUUAUAUAGUGACAGGCUUUCAGCUGUUGCGGCUUCUCCUCUUGAUAUGCAGUUGAGGGGCAUCCAGGAAAGCUCUGGAGAUUUCCAAUCCCCAUUUUAAGAUAGAUGCAUAUAACUGGGAUGGGGGUGGGUAGGUAGAUACGCUUUUUUUUCCCCCUGCGGGGCUUCCGAAAAGGAAUCCUCAAUUUAGCAACUGCCUAGCUUCCUACAUUGACUCUUCUAGCUUUAAUGAAUCUCAGAAUCUUUAUUUUUUUGGAAUGCAGUGGACUUCCCAAUGCACCAGCUUUAGCAUCGUUAUUUGUGGGGGGGGGGGGGGCAAACCUACCUUUGGAUGCUGAAGCUGAAACGCAAGCCUUACAUCACCACCUGCUUUACUUGUUUAUAAUCUUUUUUAUAUCUCAGAAGUGUGAAGAAUUUUGUGGGGGUGGGGGUGGGGGUUUGAAGCACCGGAGUUCUGCAUCCUACUGUGGUAACCGCAUGCAGAUGUGCUGGGUCUUGUGUUCAUUUCAGUUGUGCGCACACCUGCUCUGUCCGUGUCUCUCCCUCUCUCUCCUGAGCGUGUGGAACUUGCUUCUCGCCCGUCAGCUUAGGCCUCUUGUCCCUUUCGACGCUGAUGAAGACAACUGCCAGUUUAAUCUGAUUAGUGCCAGAAAUGCCUAGCUAGGCACAUUCGUUUGGGAAGAUCCGUUGUCUCCUUUCCUAUUGGAACCAUUUUUCUGCCAGGAGCCAAAUAAAAUUUGUGCAUUUUAACUUGGCUACCUUUCAUGCUUUGGGUUUGCAGUGGACCUGGUUACAGGUGUUCCCCAGCAUCCUUGCUUCCCAUCAGUCCCAGCUUUGCUUAGGAGCUAUGGUUUCAGAAAGGCCGUGCCCAUUUCAUUAUCUGGACCUCCUUAGUACUAAGGCAGAAAUGCCCCUUCGUAAUCUCUUCCCAACUUUUUCUGUGCCUUAGAGGCUCAGUGGGACGACUGCAUACCGAACGCAUACAUAUCAAAUGAAGCCGUUUCAAGGCCAUCGGCACCCCAGAAGACUUUCAUGCCCCCCAAGUCUUUGGAGAAGCAAGUUCUCACACUUAGUUGCUGACUGUGAGAUUUGCUCCACAUCCUAUCCAGUGCUGGUGGGUGGAAACUACAUUGGGGAAAAUCCACAGCGGGUGAGAGUGUCAUUUGCCAGGGUUUGUUUAGAGGUAAGGUAGUCAGCCGUGUUGGAAAGGGAGGAGACAAUGUCAGCGACGCAGGAGACUGCUGGAAGAGAGACUUAACUGUUUCUCCUGUACUGGUGACUGUUGGGGAAAACUUUUGUCAAUAAAACAUUCCUUUUGGAAAAGCAGAA